CGAGCAGAUGGUCAUUGAUAUAAAGCCUGAAGACGCUGAUGCAACACUGAGGGGAUAUAACGCCAACAUUGUGUUCGAGCGCUGUGGCACCAGCUCGAAGGAGGAAGCCGCAUCUCAUUCUUGUAAAACAAAUCAAACGGCAUUUUUGGCUGUUUAUUCUCCUGUGGUUUAACCGGUACCAGCAUGCCUGUUAUCAGAGCCCUCAGCAAUGUGUCAAAGCAGGUCCUCCUCAGCACCCCAGGGUGCAGCUGCCAGCCCCUAACCGUGGCCAUACGCAACAUCAGCUUCUCCCCUCGGCAGGUGACGUCUGAUGCCAGCUUCCACUCUGUGUCCUUCUCAGAAACAGACCACCCCAAGGUGCUCAUUACAGGUGGUCUUGGUCAGCUCGGGGUGGGGAUUGCCAAAUUGCUGAGGAAAAAGUUUGGAAAAAACAAUGUCAUUCUAUCUGACAUCAGGAAACCGCCAAGCAGUGUUUUCCACAGUGGCCCCUUCAUCUACUCAGACAUCCUGGACUACAAGAAUCUGCGGGAAAUUGUGGUGAACAACCGCAUCACCUGGCUGGUUCACUACAGCGCCCUCCUCAGUGCUGUUGGUGAGGCUAACGUGGCCCUGGCGCGCUCUGUUAACAUCACUGGGCUUCACAACAUCCUGGACAUUGCAGCGGAGCAUGGCUUGCGUCUGUUUGUCCCCAGCACCAUUGGUGCCUUCGGUCCCAGUUCCCCUCGCAACCCAACGCCAGACCUCUGUAUACAGAGACCACGCACCAUUUACGGUGUCUCCAAAGUCCAUGCUGAGCUGAUGGGAGAGUACUACCACUACCGUUACGGCCUGGACUUCCGUUGUCUUCGCUAUCCAGGAAUCAUCUCUGCUGACUCGAUGCCUGGAGGUGGCACAACAGACUAUGCAGUCCAGAUCUUCCACGAUGCUGUGAAAACCGGCAAGUUUCAGUGCAAUUUGAGACCAGACACGCAGCUGCCUAUGAUGUAUAUUGAUGACUGCCUGCGUGCCACACUGGAGGUGAUGGAGGCGCCAGCUGACACACUGAGCAUGAGGACCUACAACAUCAACGCCAUGAGCUUCACCCCUGAGGAACUGGCCCAGGAGCUCCAGAAGCAGAUGCCUGAGCUAGAGGUCACGUAUGACAUCGACCCUGUACGACAGGCCAUUGCUGACAGUUGGCCAAUGAACUUCGACGACUCCAACGCACGGAAAGACUGGGGCUGGAAGCACGAUUAUGAUCUUCCAGAGCUCGUCCAGACGAUGCUCAACUAUUUGGGUGUUGAAACGCGCAUGGCUCGUGCUAACUGAGUGUGCGGAGCAUCAGUCCAAGUGUUCUUUGUACAUAAUGUAAAGACUGACCAAAGAGAAGGGAGAAACCUGUACAUACUCUUUUCUCGUAUUUCUCUCUAACAUCAGAAGGGCUCUGCUUGCCUGACACUGUCAUGUCACCAGAAUGUAAAGGUCAGCGCAGGCUCGACAGUCCUCCCCACUCCUCCCCACUCCUGUCAUCUACUCCUGCUUUGGUCUCUUUGCCUUUUUCCUGCUUGAAGAUUGGGUGAAGAGCACCUUGUCUGUGGCAGCGAUACCAUGGGAAAACCUGUGUGGAUGUAAAAGAUGACUCGCAUGUUGAUCAAUUUAAAAAAAAUGUUGCAAUGUUCGUCUGUUUGUAAGCACUUCUAGUGUCCGUUCUUGGGAAGUCCAGUUCAGCCAGUUUUAUUUCUGUACAUUUGCAGGAAUUGUCAAAACCAGCUAAAAUGAAAUACUUUAAAUCAAGGGCUAUUGAAAUACACAUGUUGUAUCCUUACAGUAAAUGUCUAAUCAGUGGCAGGGGUUAUUUCUGAUACAGUGCACCUGUAUUUUUGAUGAUUGUUCUUCUGUUUAUUCCACAAUACUUUAUUUAUUCUGUUGGUGAUAAAUAUGUGGGAGCUGUGUUAUGUGAAAACAUUUCUUACUGACACUUUUUCUAAACUUCUCUGACCUCUUUUAUGUCAUUUUAUGUUUUUUUUUUUUAUCAACUCUGAUAUCUUUUUGGAACAAAAGGAAAAUGUUACACCACAUGUAUAUUUUGUCACACCUGAUGGUUUCUGUAUUUGAGUGUAUUUUGACAAUACAUUUUUCUUCCCCACAUAUCUCCAGCCU